GGGUAAAGUCCGGGCAGAGCCCGAACCGCGGCCCAGCCAGUGGUUACUUGCGGACCUGCGCGUCCUACCGGAAGCCGCUCACUUAUCCCCUUCGCCACCACCGCUCCCUGAGCCGCUCACGACAUGAGCCAGGCCCGCUGGACCGGGAAGAGAACGGACAUGCUCCCGGAGAUUGCUGCCGCUGUGGGUUUCCUCUCCAGCCUCCUGAGGACCCGGGGCUGCGUGAGCGAGCAGCGGCUUAAGGUUUUCAGCGGGGCUCUCCAGGAGGCACUGACAGAGCACUACAAACACCACUGGUUUCCCGAAAAGCCAUGCAAGGGCUCUGGCUACCGCUGUAUCCGGAUCAACCAGAAGAUGGACCCCAUCAUCAGCAAGGUGGCCGCGCAGAUCGGGCUCAGCCAGCCCCAGCUGCGCCAGCUGCUGCCCAGCGAGCUGACCCUGUGGGUGGACCCCUACGAGGUGUCCUACCGCAUCGGGGAGGACGGCUCCAUCUGUGUCCUGUACGAGGAGGCCCCGCUGGCCGCCUCCUACGGGCUCCUCACCUGCAAGAACCAGAUGCUGCUGGGCGGGAGCAGCCCCUCGAAGAACUACGUCAUGGCGGUCUCCAGUUAGACCCCCGCCGCCCCACCAGGCACUCUACUGUACUCACUCUGCCGUGACAACAGGCCACUGCAUACCUCAACCUGGGGAACUGUAUUUUAAAUGAAGAGCUAUUUAUAUAUAUAUAUAUAUAAUUUUUUUUUUUAAGAAAAGGGGAGGAAAAGAAAACCAAAAGAUUUUUUUUUUAAGAAAAAAGCCUUCAAGGGAGCUGCUUGGAAGUGGCCUCCCCAGGUGCCUUCAGAGAAUUGUGCGCUUGAGUCUGGGAGCCAGUGACUGUGAGAGUUGGGGGAGUGGUCAGGGGGUGGGCCUGGCCAAGGAGAGAUGGGAGAAGCUUGGCCAGCGCCCCAGGAGGAUGUGAGAGGGAGCAGGCAAGGUUAGCAACUGUGAAUGAGAGGUCAGGAUCUGUCCUGUGGAGCGAAGAGAUGCUGAGUUCAAACCUUCCACUCUCCCCACCGGGACACCUGCAGCCCUGGCCCCUCAGGGGCAUUCAAGCCUGGACUGAAAUCAUACUACGUUGCCUAAUCUUUUAUAUUUUUCUGAUAAGAUUCUAAGCAGAGAGUGAAAAGGCCUCUCCUGAUUCCUUCUGUCCUGAGCAGCUUUUCCUGAAAUUGUGACUUGUUCCUAACUCUAUUCUCAGGGGCCUGUAGGCACUGCUUCCCACCAGGAAUCUAAAGCUUUGCGUUUUGUGGGGGUCAGGGGAGUGAGCAGGGGUGGGAGGAGGUUAUUGGAGCUGGGACAGAAGGGUACUCUGCACAAAACUUUUGUCUUGCUAUGUGCUGCUUUCUGUGUGAGUAUGUGUGGUGAGUAACUUGGGGGGUAGGGAUUUGCAAUGGAAUUUUGGGACCCAAAAGAGUAUCCAUGGGGAUGUUUUUUGGCUAAAAACCCUUCUUUUUGGAACCACACAAAAGUCCUAAUAUGCUGCUGCCAUUAUCCCUUCGAGAGGUGGCUCAGAAAACUACAGGGAACUCCAGGUCCAUGAUUACUGCCUUCUUUUUAAAAGCACAACACUCCUCUCUAACUGUCCCUGCUCCUGUCCCCCUUCUGGUUGAGUCAUGGAGCGACCCUCUUUUUCUAGGACAAGAGUUCUCAGUCACUGUGCAAUAUGGCCUCCGGUCUCCCAGGAGGGUCUGGAGGAGGACUGGCUCUGACAGCCUCCUGGUGCCCCUGGUGGGCUUAGGGAACCAUCUCUCGCUCUGCCCUUGGGUCUGUGGCAGGCUGCUCAGCCUUGCAGAUACAUCUUGGCUGAGUAGGAGAACGCCCCACGUUCUGCAGGACUGCUUGGUGUUCUUGUAGGGCUGACACUAAAAGCCGAACUUUGGGCAUUGUUUUCUUUCCUCCCUGGUGCUUAGAGCACCUGCUGGGAGAGGUUGCUGUCUCCCUCAGUACAAUCCAAAUUUGUCUGUAGACUUGUGCAAUAUGUGCUGUUCUGGGUUGGAGAAAAAUGGAAAUCUACACUGGGAAGAAAUCCCCGUCCUUCAGUUUCUCAGUGACAUUAGUUAGGGGUCCUCAGAAGGCCUUGAACUUCCCAACCUGGAUCCCCUUCAGAAGGACGUAGCAGGAACAUCUGGUCAACCUGGCUACCCUGCUGCUGUUGCCCCAUAGUGAGCAGCCUUCCUUCCCACUACCGGUCUCCUCUCCCGGACUUCCUAAGUACCCAAUUCUGACUCAAAGGUGCUAUUUACCCAACACGCUCCCUACCCAUCCCUGCCAGUUCUGCCUCUUCGACUCUCCAGAUGGCGAGCUACCUCCCCAGACCCUGUUUCCAGUCUUCAUUGCUUUAAUGUUCAUUUCAGCCCCAUGGACCCAAGAGCUCAUUUUCUGGCUUGUGGGUUGAAACAAAGCUGUGAAUCUCUGCAGAUCGUGUUGUUGCAUCUUGUCUGCAAACAGGUCUCUGCCUUUUUAUCAGCAGCCUCAUGGUCUCAACGCUGAGUCUUUUCUCUCUUCUCUUUGACGUUCACUUUAAAAACAACAAACCACUCAGAGCUGGACUGUUGAGUAGGCCUGUCUCUCCUACUAAGUAAAAAUAAAUAAUAGUACAUUUGUAAGCUAGUCUGACUGCAAAGACAAAGGUUACUAAUUGUAUAAUAGUGUUUUUAUAUGGAAGAAUGUACAGCUUUAUGGACAAAUGUACACCUUUUUUUUGUUACUUUAAUAAAAACGUAGCAGGUGAA